GUAUUUGGAUGGCAAAGGUGACGUCUUGAUAUGCUCGGCCACAACAGUAUCGUAUAUGAAGCGCGACGGUUAGUAUUCCACAUAUAAACUGCGGUGUACGAGAGGAUACCGUUUUUUUCAAUCGGCCGGUCGUUCUGAUGCACCUUGUAACCGGGACUAGGAACUUCCGAAGCAAUAGCUGCAAUAACGGGCUUCGUGAUUCGAAUCGAACCAGUACAUUGCCGGGCCGAUAAUAUUGCGAGUGGACUGAGAUGUCGCGGCAUUUUAUAACGGCUACUCUGAUUGCGAUCGUGGGUGUUUUACAUACGGGAUGCGCCGCAAGGAUACUCGGCAUAUUUCCGUUUCCUUCGUUCAGUCAUCAAAUUGUAUUUCGAGGAUUGACGCUGGCGUUGAGGGAGCGAGGUCACGAGCUCGUUGUAGUCACUCCUAACCCGAUCAACGACCCAACCCUGAAGAACUACACGGAGAUAGAUCUGAGCUUCAUGUACGAAAACUGGAGAUUGGAUUGGAUAUCUGUUGCAAAAAAGUACACGUACUAUGACUUUAUCAUGCAAUCAACACCGAAAUUUUUGACGAUAACUGAAGGCAUCCUCAGCCAUCCAAAAUUGCAGAAAUUGUACGAACCGGAAAGUCGAGAAACGUUUGAUUUGUUACUAUUUGAAGCACUUCGUUGGCCUGCUGUUCUGCUUUUCGCUAAGCGAUACGAAAUUCCAGUCAUAGGAAUUACGUCACUGAGUCCGACUACCCAAGUGCACUAUCAGUUUGGCAAUCCUAUAAUGCCUUCUCAGCCGCCAUAUUGGAAUAGCAGAGGAAUAGGCUUCGAAAAGUUGACAUUUUGGCAAAGACUAUGCAACUUCGUACAGACGUGGAGAUUUCUGUUUUACUACAGAACAACGUACAUGCAGAUGCAGCAGGAAAUUGCGAGAAAAUAUUUUGGAAACGAUAUUCCGGAUCUUCGUGACUUGGAAAAAAAUGUCAGUUUGGUUUUCGCCAACCAGCAGGCACCGAUUACAUUCGUACGUCCGAGUGUUCCUAAGAUAAUCGAUAUUGGUGGAUUCCACAUUUCGGAUCGGCUCGAGCCUCUAUCAAAGGACCUUCGGAUGAUUUUGGACGAAGCAACCCAAGGCUUCGUAUACAUGAGCCUUGGAACAAACACCAAAAGUGCUUCGUUAAGUAACGAAAUGCGGGGCGAAUUUAUUGCUGCGUUUUCGGAAAUACCCUACACCGUUAUUUGGAAAUAUGAAGACGACCUUCUUCCGGGUCAGCCGGACAACGUCCAUACCAUGAAAUGGAUUCCACAACAGUCAGUCCUGGCGCAUCCGAAUAUAAAAGUUUUCAUAUACCAAGGAGGACUUCAGAGCACAGAGGAGGCGAUUUCUCAUGCUGUUCCUGUGAUCGGAUUACCAGUUCUCGGUGAUCAAACAUCAAAUAUCGACAAGAUUGUCUCUCUUGGAGUCGGUAAGAAGCUGGACAUCUCCAGCGUCGACCGAUUCGACCUAGUGGAAGCGAUACAAUCCAUCGUGCGCGAUGACAGCUACAAACUAAGCAUGCUGAAAUUGCGGGACUUGGUGAGAGACAAGCCGUACGAUUCGUUGGAAAACGCGGUUUGGUGGACGGAAUACGUGAUACGUCACAAAGGUGCUCCUCAUCUUCAUUCGACGACAGCCGACGAUCCCUGGUAUCAACGACAAGACAUCGACUUGAUUUUCAUCAUUUCUACCGCGAUUUUGGCAGCUUGUACUAUAGCACUACGAGUCUUAUACAAGCUGUUAGCUUACAGCAUUUAUUUCCUCAAUCAUCAGCACUUGAUUAGGAAAAAGGAAAAAGUAACGCGGUUCGGUGACGGAACACGUGAUACGUCACAAAGGCGCUCCGCAUCUCCAUUCGACGACAGCCGACGAUACCUGGUAUCAGCGACAAAACAUGGACUUGAUAUUCUUCAUUACUACGAGGAUUCUGGCAGUUUUCAGUACAACACUACUUGUGACUACUGGCAACAGUGUAACUCGCGAAAAUCUUCAGUACUUAGAGUUACCGCGUUACUUCGAACGGUCAAAAAUAUGUCGCGACACUCAAUGCUCGUUGCACUUAUCCUGGCCACGAGUGUUUUACAUCAGGGAUUCACCUCGAGGAUUCUCGGUGUAUUUCCCCUACCUUCGAUCAGUCAUCAAGUCGUAUAUCGUGGACUGACGUUGGCGCUGAGAGAGCGAGGUCACGAACUUGUCAUCGUUACCACGGACCCGGUCAACGAUCCAACCCUGACCAACUACACGGAGAUAGAUGUUAGCAUUCUUUAUGGAGAAUUCAACAAGAAUUUGGACUGGGUUGCUCAUCGAGAGACCAACACGUGGCUUGAGUCGAUACAGACACUGGCGCCGAAGUUUAUACAGGUUACCGAAACCGUGCUGGGCCAUCCAGAAUUGAAAAAGCUUUACUCUACAAACAGAGGGGAAAAGUUCGACUUGUUAUUGGUUGAGAUGCUUGUUUGGCCAGCGUUGUUCGCUCUUGGUGAGCGACUCGAUGUUCCAGUCAUCGGUAUGUCGUCGUUGGGUCUUAAUGUUCAAAUGCAUUAUGGAAUUGGAAAUCCCAUAAUGCCUUCUCAUCCUUCGCAUUGGGAUGCCAAAAUACAAGUGAUUGGAAAGCUGACAUUCUGGCAGAGAUUGCAGAACUUUGUACAGUUGUGGACAUAUCUGUACUGGUACAGAACAGAUUACCUCCAAGCGCAGCAGGCUACUGCACGGAAAUACCUUGGAAAGGAUAUUUCCGAUAUUGGUGAAUUGGAAAAGAACGUCAGUCUGGUUUUCGUCAAUCAGCAAUCGUCGAUUUCAUUCGUCAGGCCGAACAUUCCUCGAGUCAUAGACAUCGGUGGAUUCCACAUGUCAAAAGAGACGAAGCCUCUGUCGGAGGACCUUCAAAAGAUUUUGGACAAAGCAACGCAGGGCUUCAUAUACAUGAGCCUUGGAACAAACGUGAAAAGCAUCAUGUUGAGUAACGAAACACGUGGAGAGUUUAUAGCCGCAUUUUCACAACUGCCCUACAUCGUUAUUUGGAAAUUUGAGGGUGAUGUUCUUCCUGGACAGCCGGACAACGUGAUAAUCAUGAAGUGGGCCCCGCAACAGUCUAUUUUAGCGCACCCGAACAUAAAGGCUUUCAUAUACCAAGGAGGACUUCAGAGUACAGAAGAAGCGAUUUCUCACGCUGUUCCCGUGAUUGGUUUACCAGUAUUGGCCGAUCAGGAUACACUUGUAAAUAAAAUGGUGUCUCUUGGUGUUGGUCGAAAUUUGAAUAUUUUGAGCGUUAAUAGAGAGGAUCUACUGAAAGCAAUUCGCUCCGUUGUGCUAGAUAUCGGCUACAAGCAACGGAUGAUAAACUUGCGGGAUCUGAUAAGAGACAAGCCGUACGAUUCUUUGGAGAACGCGGUUUGGUGGACGGAACACGUGAUACGUCACAAGGGCGCUCCGCAUCUCCAUUCGACGAUAGCCGACGAUCCAUGGUAUCAGCGGCAAGACAUGGACUUAAUUUUCAUUAUUUCAUCGGCGACUUUCAUAGCUUUGAUUAUAACACUAGGUGUUUCGUACAAGUUCUUGGUUUACAGUAUUCAUUUGCUCAAUCACGAUCGGCAGUUCAUUAGCAAGCAGAAAAAAGUACGAUAAUUCAAUCUGUGCAUAUUGUCACCUGUAUGUUUUAUGUAAAUAAACAAUGCUUCGGUGAAUUCUUAUUACGAAA